CGUCUGGGUGCGGUGUCCACCGUGCUCGUUGUAGAUAAAAAAAAACAAAUCUGAUUAAUCGGGAUUAGGAAAUAACGUUUAUAGAGAAAUAUUUACCAUGGCAGGAUUUUCAGAAUUCCAUCUGAAAUGUGUUUAUUUCAUGUCAGUGAUGGAUGUAUUUUCCGUGGGUUUGGCAAUACCUCUGCUGUCACCGUAUCUGAGAUCAAUUGGAGCAUCACACUUGAUUAUUGGCUUGAGCACAUCACUGUAUGGAGCGGCGCAAUUAUUUUCCAGCCCUCUUGUGGGAAGCUGGAGUGACCGUCAUGGACGAGUGUCCAUUCUCUCUCUCUCUUUGGCGGCAUGUUCUAUAUGCUAUUUUCUGCUUGGACAAACAAGCUCACUGGUGUUGAUUCUCCUCCUCCGCUUAUUGCUGGGUUGCUGUAAACACACACAAAGCCUUUGCAAAUCCAUCAUUGCAGAUGAAGUGCCACCAUAUGAGCAGGCCGGUGCCUAUGGCAAACUUGCGGCAAUAUCUGGUUUGGGUUUCAUAGUUGGACCUGUUAUUGGCGGGCACAUUGCUGAUCAUGAACAUGGAUUUUCAUUUAUCACAAUGAUAAUAUUAGUCUGCUUUUGGAUUAAUAUAGCUGUGGCCCAAAUUUUACCUGCCUCACACCAUACAAGGAACAGGAGGGAGCGCCAUCUGGGAAUCCAAGAAGAAUUUUACCAAAUGAUUUCUCACUUAACAGGAAUUGACUGGAGCAAACACAAAAAAAUUCUAGUGCUUAAGUUGAUACUUGUCUUUACAUUGUCAUUUUACUAUAACAAUUUUUCAAUAAUGUUGCAAGAGAAAUAUGGAAUGACACCUAAGUCUGUUGGUUACAUUAUAUCAUUCCAGUCAAUUAUUGGGUCAGGAACUAGUUUUCUUUCUGGCCAAAUUCAGCAUAUAUAUGAAUGGAGAUAUCCUCCACAAAAGGCUUCGGCUGUGCAAAUUGUUCAUUGCUUUAUAGCAAUGACAGCAGGACUGGUGGGAGUUAGUUUUGUUGAUUCUACUCUUGGUCUACUAUUGGCAUUAAUGCCUUUGGCCUCAGGGGCUGCCUUGCUACGCACUUUGCUUACAGAGUUGCUUGUCCAAAAAGCUUCACCACAGGAGCGUGGGUCUUUACUUGGUGCUUCCCAUAGCUUUUCUGCAAUGUCACGGUUGACAACCCCUGUUAUAGCAGGUAUUGCUUCAGACUGGUAUGGCACGUCAGCUGUGUCGUCAUUAAGCCAAAUAGGAGCAACUGUGGGAGCUAUUGCAGCUCACCGCAUACUGAAGGGAGAGUACCUUGAACAUUAUGUUUCAUAAGACUCCAGUUUUAUUUGCACUCCCGAAUGACAGAAAAGUAUUGUGAUCAAUGUCCAGUUUCUGCCAGAUUGCACAAUAGCUCCAGUGUACAUAUUCAUAAAUUUCCUUUGACUGCCAGGAAUUCCAGGACUUAUACUAGUCCAAAACAUUGUGAUUAUUAAUGUAUUUACUUGAAGAUUUUAAGUACAGUAGUCAGUUUUAUUUAAAUGAAGAUACUCGAUAGUAUUUCCUCAUUUGAGGUGAUGUGACAUAAUAAGUACCUGCAAUCUUAACCACAAUAAGUUAUUUAUAUUGAUACAACAGUACAGAAGCAGAAGCUUACCAACUGUAAAUUGGUGUUAUGUCAAACAAUUGGUGAUGUAAUGAGGGUCCAAAUAAAGUAUUGUUAUUUUAUUAUCAUAA